CACCUACCUCCUUGACUCCUUCCAUGCUUCACCGUCACUCCUUCCUUAACCCUUUCAACACAUUCUUAUAUACAUAAAUCUCCCCAAAUACUUUCAACUUCCUUACUGUAGUGCCCUCCUCCCGUCCCAUUCUCCCCAUAGUCACCGACCAAAAAAGACCCAUCCAGUCACCAACCAACCAAGACCAAGGCCAAAACACAAAUCAACAACAACAAAAACCAUGGGCAGCACAACCCCCCUCCCACCCCUUUCAACACCCGACGAAGACCGGCCCUACUGGCAAACAAACGCCCCCCCAUCCCACCCAUCCGCCACCUCCCCCAUCUGCCCUCCCUAUCUGCUUAACCUCCCCCCCAAAGACCUCGUCACCAUCUCCACCCCCAACCAUUUAUAUCGCCUCGACACCUGGCCGGAAGUGGUCCUCCGCGUGCGCGAGAACCGCUUAGCAGAUUUCCAGCGCACACCGGCGGAUAUGUGGCGGUACUUGGAAUUUUGUUAUACCAAAAAGGAGGAGUAUAAGGAUAAGGGGGGGAUUAAGGGGUUUAUUUUGCGGGAGAGGUUGAAGUGGGAUUUUCCGGAGGAGGGGGACACGGGGAGAAAAAGGAGGUUUGGGGAAAGGGAGGAGGAGGAUGUCAAGGUGCUGUGGAAUGAUUGGCCUUAUGGGAUUGAUGAAAGGAUUGUACAUUUGGUUGUUUGGACCAAGUUUGAGCUGGAGGAUGAUCCGGCGACGGGGGAUUUGACGGAGAAGGCGAGGGGGGAGAUUGAUGAUUAUGUGAAGAGGACUUUUGGGGGGAGGGUGCCGGGGGAACAUAUCAUCUGGUUCAAAAACUGGGCACACAUCAAGUCGGUGAAAGCCGUGGAACAUUUCCACGUCAUGCUAUUUGACCCAGACCCCGAGUUUGUGAGGGAGAUCACGAAGGGUGAUGUCCCCCUUGGUAUCAUACAGACGAAAUAACGAACAAAAACCGCCAACCUUUUCAACAACCAACAAAACCGGCUUCAUAAAGGCCCAGGGCUCUGAAAUAAACCCGCAACCGCUGUCAUCUGAAAGUUCCGUACCUCUAGCUGGCAUUUGGCCUUCCGGGUGCGGGAAAACCGUAACCAGCGCGCACCUCGACAAU